GGGUAUUUGACGAUUCUUUUGUUGACCCACCGUAAGGAUCGUGGCUGUGAGCCAGGUUAUAAGGCGCCGAGAGACAUCAGUCUGCUUAAUCACUUCGUCGCAAGACUUUUUCUUCUCCUUAACGCCUUAUACGGACGAAUUUUUCUUAAUACAUACAUUUUCGCUUCAAUUCGCGCUCUAUGUCUAACAUUUCCAGUCUCAAGUGGACGUUAUGCAAUACCUGUAUAUUGAGCUUCGAAGGAGUGCGAGACCAUCAUCAAGAAUAUGAAGAUUUUGUGGCAAGCAAAGACACUGGUUGUUUUCUCUGCAUAUGGCUAUGGGAAAGCCACAUGCCCGCACCUAUUGGAUAUCGGAACAGCGAAAAAGAACCUACGUUCAGGAUAUCUUGCCUCGUCGUUCGAGGGUGGGACGUAUAUCAUACACAUUUUAGCAUCCGAUGCAACUGGGCCCCUCUUGCUGAAUUAAAGGUCUCCCUGCGCAAAUUAACUUCGCGUCAGGACCUUAAAGGUUCUAUAGCGAAACAUGUACGGCUGGGGGAUAAUCUUGACCCAAAUAUAGGAUCCAAUCAAUCCUUACAGAAAAUCCAAGGCUGGAUAUCUUCAUGUCAAGGGAAGCAUGAGCAUUGCAGGUCUUUUCAUCUGGGGGCUAAAAUGUUCUUUCCAGCUCGAAUCAUCGACGUGACAAAUGCCAGCUCCAAUACAAUAAUUGUAAGGGAUAGAGAAGAAGUCAUGAACCAGCAUGAGAAGGAGAAAAGGGGCCGAAAAAUGUCAUGCUCGGGCUCCUCAUCUGAGCAUAUGUCGACAAGUAGCUAUCCUGAUUACUGGACCCUAUCUCACCGUUGGGGAGACCCGAAUAAGAUCACGCAACUCCUUAAGACCACGGAGAGCCGGCUUCGCGAAGGAAUAUCCCUUGACGAACUGUCACCCGCUUUUCGCGACGCGAUUCUCCUAGUCUGCCGCCUAGGAUAUAGGUAUAUCUGGAUCGAUUCACUCUGUAUCUUCCAAGAUUCGACGAGCGACUGGCACCGAGAAGUGGGUAGCUUGGUAGACAUCUACCGACACUCGUUUUGCAAUAUAUCGGCGAUCUCUUCGUCAUACAACCCAGCGGCUACGGGCCUCUUCGGCCGACGAAGGAUCAGGACGAGAAUAUUGUAUCCGUUCAUAGCGAAUUUCCGAUUACGCGAUCAAUCUGGGGAUGUAAGCAAUGGGUCGUGGCUGAUUCAUAACAAAUCAAUCUGGGAUUACGAAAUCGAGAGAGCGCCUCUCAGCAGACGCGGAUGGGUCGUGCAGGAACGGUUCCUAGCUAGGCGACUGGUUCACUUCACAAGAAACCAGGUUUACUGGGAGUGUCUGGAAUGCACUCAUUGUGAAGCCGAACCCAAAGAGAAGCUCCUGAUUUUGGAUAGGGAGAGGGUAAAUCAAACAGGCAAUUGGAAUUAUGCCUACCCAAAGUUAACAAUGGCCAAAAUCAGAACAAGCUCAACGGCGCCUCUGCCACAAGGCCUCAAUGAUGCCUUUACCCAUAAGGCCUGGAGAGCUAUCGUCACGAAAUACACGUCUUGUCAGCUCACUAAAGAAUCUGACAAGUUGAUGGCUAUAUCUGGUGUUGCGAAAACGUUUGGCGAAUUCAACGGCGACACAUAUCUCGCCGGAUUAUGGAAAGACAAGAUCUUCCUUUACCUUUUAUGGCAAACCGACGGCGACAAAUUGAAUCCACCGAGGCGGAACGGAUACGCUCCGUCUUGGAGUUGGGCGUCAAUAACGGGUGGUGUAAGAUUCAUGGAUAUCGGUCCAGGAUACUGCUCACUCAUCAAACUGGUCGAUGCAAGGAUCGUAACAAAACCUCCAGGCGGCGAUCCUACCAGUCUGCUUUUAUCGGCAGAGCUCGACCUCGAGUGCGCAGUCUGUAGUUUCCGAUGCGUGAACAAGGAGGAAAUAGAAAUGUAUAAUGAUGCGACCGGGCGCUAUAUCGAACACGGGUACAUAAACGACAUAUUUCCCGACACGCUUGAUAUAGCGACAACUCUCUUGGGACGUAGGGGAGUAUGUGUUCCAAUAUGCGAAUGGUGUUCUCCGACUACACGGUUUACCAACCUGUUGUUGCUAAAACAAGAAUCGGGAAACAGGUUCAAACGGAUCGGAGUUCAAAGUAUGCGAUGGAAUGCUCCAAUGCUUCCGAGGUUCGAGAAGUGGGCUAGUGAGACUUCUUGUAUUACUCUUAUAUGAUUUAUAUGCAUAAUAUUGUGUUAUCCAUAUCAUAAUACGUAAUUGCAGCUUCAAGGUUUCUUAUCGCACCCCACACCGCUGAGGUACUAGGUACUAUGUAGGUAACUAAGGUUUGUUAGCGGACUGGUUAGCCUCACAGAGAUUGCAACGCAACCAUUUUCUCUUUCUCCUCAGCUGCGCCGAGAAACGUAAUUGCGACCUCCUUAGUCGA